AAAACUCACGGUUUUUUCAGCAUCAGUAUUCUCAACCCGGAAAAUGAUCAUCAAUGGCAGAGUCAGUGCUCAGCCUACAAACAUGAAAGAUAUCGUUAGUGACUGAAACAGCCAAUGAUGUGGUGACCACGUCCUUUCCUAGGAAAACACGUGUCGAAUACGACACUGUCAGCGGACUGCUCGUAACUGCUGAACGGACUUCGCGGUGAAGGAAUGAUGUGGUGGUUGGAUUUUUUUAGCCGUAAAGAAGGCGACUCGGUUCAUCGGAGUGUGUGGGCAACGACAGGCAUAAGGAAUCGGAGACUUCGGCAACGAUUCCGUGAGGAUCACCAGCGACUUACCACCUCCCAUUCUCAUCACUGUUGGUGCAAGGCAUCUUUUUCCGUCCCGCGAUAAUGGCGCUACAUGAUGGUGCCAUAACUUGGCAGUAAUAAUCUUGAAAGAAUCUUGGAAGAACGAUAGAAUAUUGGGGAUAAAGGGUGUUGCGGGGGGCGAGUCGAGCAUAUUGCUCGGAGUUUUCUCCUCGUGCUUGUCCGCAUUGGUCAUUCAGCGGUCGGAAGCGUGCCUCUGGCAGCUGUUUGCAUCGCCUCUACAUUUUUUGAGUCGGCUCCAAAGGUAGAAGAGCCUGUUUUAAUAGGGGAGCUACAACAGGUGUAGCUGUGCGGGAGGAACUACGGUCUGGCGACAGAAUAUAUUGGCGAAGCUGACAUCGUGCAGGCUUAUGGCGCGUACGUACACCCUAAGACUAUUUUGCCUCUUUCGUCUUCUUUGUCAUCAGAAGUUCCGUUUUAGGAAUAUCCGAAUUCCAAUCAUGAGAUCUUUGAAGCGAACAACACGUCAGAAAGAUGAACGUACUGUAUGAGGCAGGAUUUAGGAUCAAGGCGAAACAACGGCAGCAUUCAGCUCAUAUCAAGCAUAUUCUCGAAGAGCACAUUUUGAGGGUGGUCGGCUGGUUCGCUAAUCGCGAUGUCGACCAUCUUACGCGUCUGACAAAGGCAGAGCGGACAGAGCGCUUGCGAACUUUUGGAAUAAAGAAGCUAACUUGGGUUCUCUCUCUACUGGACCAGAUACAUGGCCUCCUGAUGACUAACCGUGCGGCAACACAACGGGAGUUGUUUUACGGAUUGGUCAACGUGUUCGAUACGCAGGCGCAAGUGAACGCCCAGUUGCAGCAAAUAGUCUCCUGGCUCGAGAUCCCACGUGACUCUCUUAACGUUUUCGCUUCACAAAAAGGCCUUGUGGCUGGCAUGUUGACGUUUGUGAAAGGAUCUCUAACGCUCGACUGUCGGAGAACAGGGACAGGGGUCCUUAUAUCGGAAACCUUGGUGGAAGUCGACAGGCUUGAAUCACACGCGAGCUACAUAAUUGUCGUCGAGAAAGAUGCAAUUUUUCAAACCUUGUGCGAGCAGCAAAUAUGGAAUAUCAUACCAUGUAUACUGAUUACGGGAAAAGGCUUCCCUGACUUCGUAACUCGCAAACUGCUCCGACGCCUUCAAAUGUCACUGAACAUAGAAUGUGGUUAUGUGGGAGACUUCGAUCCGCAUGGCAUCAGCAUUUUCCUGUCGUACCAACACGGAAGCAGGGCUUUUGAGGGCCCGCUGGUCAGAUGUGCAGUUCUGCACUGGAUUGGCUUGUGUUUUGAAGAUCUCGAGCAGCUGCCCGUUGAUGUCCGUUUGCCACUGCUUAGCCGUGACCGAGCUUUGCUAAAAAGUCUGUUGGUGCACCGGAAGAUACGUGAUUGUGAGAGGCUGCAAGCACAGUGCUCGUUCAUGAUGGAACACGAUACGAAGUUCGAGAUCGAGGCCAUUACCUGUUUAGGCUUCGAAUAUCUUGCCCGCUACUACAUUCCAUCGAAAAUCCUCAAACGAACAUGGAUUUGACUGGCUCUCGGCUUCAUUCAAAUUUUGAUUAUGCCUUUCCGUCUAAAGAACCCCGAGCCAGUGGCAGCCACACUGUCACGAGUCUUUCCGGGCUAACGUCGUUGCCUUUUCGCGUGA